CUCUAUUUUCUUAGUUCACGCGUCGUAUAUACAUAUAUAGACACACACACACACAUAUAUAUAUACACUUGAUCGAUCGAAAUGGAAAAGCCAACACCCCGCAUUAAUUCUGGCCUCAGACAAAAGUACAUUGAUAAAACUGUUCGCUUAACAGGAAAGGUGGUGUCGUUUACUGGAGAAAGUGCACUUGUUGAAUCAUCAGACGGUGGACAGAUUAUUAUAAAGACCAACAGGGAUACUACAUGGGGAACUUCAUAUGUUGAGCUUAUUGGUAGAGUUGAAAAGGACUUUACAUUUACUGAAUUCAGUUCAAUUAAUUUGGGAGAGAAUAUUGACCUUAAGCUUGUUGACAAGGUGGUUGAAUAUGGUCAAAAAUACCCAGAUCUCUUUGAGUAAUUGACGUAUUUCCCUGUGAAUAACCACCAUUAUCAUGUCUAUAUAAACACAAACAUCUAUAUAUAUUAUAUUAUAGUCUUUUUAAG